AGAAAUGUUUAGAUGGAAUAAAGUUUCAUAGUUCAGUUCUGAGCUGGUUCUAUUUUUGAGCAUUGAUAUCAGCUCCAGUAAAAGAUGUCACAAAUCUGGGGACUAUUGGUAUGAAUCCCUUGGUGGUUUUCAGGUAAGUUCCUAUAUUUCUACUUCCGAUUUUCCAGACACAAUGAGUGCACGUGUAGUUUAAUACAUAUGCAAUAACAUUAGCAUAUCUGGGGUGUGCCACAUGUAUUGUGCACAUACAGUAUAAAGAACUUGCGCAAGUGCAGCAGGUCUCCUGUGGCUUGCACGUACUGGAGGUACUGCACAAGCCAUCCACACAGCAAGUGGGUGCAUUCUCCAGUUGAUGUGCACAUUAAGUCUGUCUCCAGAAAGCAUUAAAUUUUUCAUGUGCUUUUGCUAUUUAUGCAUUGUACCUGCUGUGAAUUAACUGCACCUGUUAAAUGUUAAACCUACUGCCCUGGCUCUGAGUGAGCUGCAAGGCAUCCAGAAAUCCCAGACAAACCUUUAGAAUUUUCAUAUUCCCUUUGGAUAAUAUUUGCAGGUGCAGAAAGGGGAGCAUCUUGGAAAAUCUGGAUUGGAAAAUCUAUUUUCAAGGUCAUUUUUCUUAGUGCAGAUAACUUCAAAGUUACAAAAAUAUCACAACUUGCACAAUCCCAGAGGCACGGAAAGACUAAUCCACCCACUUGCCUGCCUCUGAGGCAGGAUCUGUUGUCUUUGAACUUUUCACAUUUGGCUAUCAAUUUUCUUUCCAAAUGCUUGUCCUCAAUAUAAAAAAAAAAAAAAAAAGUGACAAAACAGGUCAUUUCUGUCUGAGAACUCAUGCUGCCAACAUUCUAAUUUUGAUAAGAGAGCAAUAAAGUCCUGAAGCACAGAAAGAAUAAAAGUAUAGAUUCCAUUAUAGAUGGAAUAAUUCUUUAUAUUACCUCCCUAUAAAUGCAGGCAUUUUCUUUAGGGUUUCUUUUUUAGGGUCUGAUUUUAAAGACAUUGGUAUUUGCCACUAUGUUUCACUAUUUAUCAGUCAUUUAUAGUCAAAGGAGCACCUGGCAUUUGUGAAAAAGAAAAUACACAUGCCAUCUUGGGCAGCAUUGCCAUAGUGGCUUUCGCAUACAAGUUGGUAUAUGCGUGUGGAGGAAAUCAUUGUCGGAAUAACAUUAAAUAUUCCCUCUCCCAGAGAACUACCACGUUUCCAGACGUGAAUCACCAACGGCACGCUGCAGCCAGGGAGGUGAGGCAGGAGUGGUGCCGGUUUGGCAGCGGGCACAGCAGCGGGUCGCCGCUUUGAGAAGGCGCGCAGUGAACGUGGAGCUGCCCGGGCGCAGCGCUCCCGCGGCCGGAGGGCACCGGCGCUCCGCGGAGCCACGGAGCUGCUGCCGGGGAUGGCAUGAAUGUCCUGUUUAUAGUUGUGGAUGACCUGCGUCCUGUUUUGGGCUGUUAUGGAGACAAGCUUGUAAAAUCUCCAAACAUUGAUCAACUUGCAUCUCAAAGCGUUGUGUUCAGCAAUGCAUAUGCACAGCAAGCUGUUUGUGCUCCAAGUAGAGUAUCAUUUCUUACUGGACGCAGACCUGAUACUACUCGACUCUAUGAUUUCUACUCCUACUGGAGAGUGCAUGCAGGAAACUAUUCCACAAUGCCUCAGUAUUUCAAGGAGAAUGGCUACGUGACUGUGUCUGUGGGGAAAGUUUUUCAUGCCGGGGUUUCAUCCAAUUACAGUGAUGACUACCCAUACAGCUGGUCCAUUCCACCCUUUCAUCCUUCUACUGAAAAGUAUGAAAAUGAUAAGACUUGUAGAGGAAAAGAUGGAAAACUUCAUGCUAACUUGGUGUGUCCAGUGAAUGUGACGGAAAUGCCCAGUGGUACUUUGCCUGAUAUUCAAAGCACUGAAGAAGCCAUACGCUUACUGAGGUCUAUGAAAACCAAGAAGCAAAAAUUCUUCCUGGCUGUUGGUUACCACAAACCACAUAUCCCAUUAAGGUACCCACAGGAAUUUCUCAAACUGUACCCAUUGGAAAACAUCACAUUAGCCCCAGAUCCCUGGGUGCCUGAGAGGCUACCUUCUGUGGCAUACAACCCCUGGACGGAUAUCAGACAGAGGGAUGAUGUGAAGGUGUUAAAUGUUAGUUUCCCUUAUGGACCACUUCCAGAGGACUUCCAGCGGCAGAUUCGCCAGAGCUAUUAUGCAGCAGUUUCUUACCUGGAUAUGCAAGUUGGCCGACUCUUGAAUGCUUUGGAUGAUAUAGGACUCUCAAACAGCACAAUGGUAGUUUUUACUGCUGAUCAUGGAUGGUCCCUGGGAGAACAUGGUGAAUGGGCAAAAUACAGCAAUUUUGAUGUUGCUACCCGUGUGCCGCUGAUGUUUUAUGUACCAGGAAUGACCUCUUCCUCUGCUAGCCAAGGAAAGAAAAUCUUCCCCUACCUUGACCCCUUUAGCCAUAUUUCAGACUUAGUACUUCAAGGGCGAAGCAAAAAAAUGGUUGAGCUUGUGUCUCUUUUUUCAACGCUUGCCGAACUUGCUGGCCUGCAGGUUCCUCCUGAAUGCCCAGAGACUUCAUUUUCUGUUGCACUGUGCACUGAAGGGGCAAGCAUUGUCCGGUAUUUUAAUUCCUCUGAAGAGAAGCUGGAGAAAGAGAAGGAUGGGUUUGAUGACGCUUACAGAGGUUAUAAUGAAGAACCUGUUGCUUUCAGCCAGUAUCCCCGACCUGCAGACACUCCUCAGUGGAACUCUGACAAACCAAAGCUGAAAGACAUCAGAGUCAUGGGGUAUUCCAUGCGUACACAUGACUACAGAUAUACUCUGUGGGUUGGAUUUAAUCCUAGCAACUUUAGUGCUGACUUUAAGGAUGUCCAUGCAGGAGAGUUGUACAUGGUGGAGAGCGAUCCACACCAGGAUUAUAACAUCUAUAACAAUACCUUACAUGGUGGCCUUUUCAAAAAAAUUCUUGGCUUCCUGAAGCAUUAGGGUUCAGGAACUCAUUUGUGCAAAUUCUUGCCAGUAAAGUAAUAUUUCCUUUUUUUGCAUGAAACACUUUUGUUGUACAGAGAACACUUGGAUUGAAUUAAAAUCCUAUUUGUAUCGAAA